CUCGCAGCCAUGGCAAAUGAGUGGCACACUCAGUGCCAUUCCAUCGCCCGCCAACUGAACUUUAGAACCCCGCGCUGAGGGCCCAGGGAGGCCUCGUGGUCAGUUAUUUAUGAGCCGAUUGCGUAUUAUACGUCAGCUGCAGACAAGAGCAAUUGUUUUACAUGUAGCCUUUCGAGGUAAAUUCCUGUUUCUUAGUGUGGACGUUUCUUUAUUAAAAAGUGCUCUGCUGCAUUGGUCUUGUUCGCUUGCUACCUUUUGCUGCUUUCAGAUAUCGCCAACCCUUAUUGAUCGUCGGCUUUGUCAAUAUAACAACCGUCGCCUUUGUAGAUUUUGUAUGAUACCCCUCGGGUGUUCCCCGGGGGUCUAUAUCUCGAAUCUGAUGUGAACACCCCUUGCGGCUGUUUGUUUAACUUUUUAGUUUCUGCUGCCUUUUCAUUCGCAUCAAGUACCAGGGGCAACUGCAGCGAAACUUCUCAUAAUUGACAGACGAGCGUCGUUUUAUCAAGCCUCCCUUACAGAUUGUCUGCGCGAUGGCCAACCCCUUUGGCAAAGGCAAAAUGUCUUUGACAGAACGGGAAAGAAUGGAUAAUUACGAAGCUGAGGAGGCAAGACAUAAAGCAAGAAUGGCAGGCAGACAUGCACUGGCUGCGAAAAUGAGGUGGGAGGCUGUUGAGAAACAGUGGUUAGCUACGAAAGCAUACACGAACCAGGCGGCGCGAUACGAGAAUUUGACCGGUCCAAAUGUUACAACCGGCUCAAAUGUUACAACUGGAACAACUAGCUUAACCGGAAUUCUUGCCACCCAAGAUGGGGAUGGCAAUGGUAUUAACGGUCCUCAGCCCCCUGAUCGGCCAUUGUCAGUCUUUUCGCCUGACCCAGACGCCGUUUUUGAUACAUACCCAGCAAUUCGGAGAGGGCAUUGGACUCAUGGAGGCUUUCCUAUGGAUCCAUCAUUUGGCAAUAGAGGAGACAAAUACGAAUCGAAUGAACAUUCGGGGUUAUAUCGCAGUGCAGAUAGGUGGACCAACCAUGCGUUAUAUCAACCAGGCACAAUUAUUUCAAUGAUGUGGCAUCAAGAUUAUGCAUUCGACAGGACGUGGAGAGAGUGCGACAAGCCGUUUCUCACUCUAAACCGACAAUCAGGUGUUAUUUAUUCCAAGAGGCGCAAAUUUAUUGUUGUGGCACGGUUUCAAGAGCACUAUGUAGCUUUACCUGUAUGGACUUCUUACGCCAAUAAAUUAGCAGGGGUUUGUUAUGAAAAGCAGCGUGUAGAGUUUAUGCAGAUUCUCCAUACAGGCGAUAGCGUCGAAGGUGCUGAUAAAUUUAGAUUGACCCCAUACGAUUACCUCUACCAACUCGAGAAGCGACGACAGCCAGCGACCGAGGGUCGACAGACUGUAGAGGGUAGCUGGCACCGACACAUGGAAGACGAUUGGCUGGAUAUGAAGCCCGAUGGAGAGGCGCUCCUCUGGUUAACUUACCGGCUUCUUUCGACUACAGAACAAAGUGUCAUAUAA